AGUGAUGCGCUAGCAGCGUUAGCUCCCAAGCUACGUUCUGUUUAUCGUGGUUUUAAAGAGGUUUUCUGCUGCGUGACGUGAACAUUUCAGUGUCUGCAGUGACGGCGCGUUGGGUUAAUCACCAGAGAGAAUCCAUCCGCCAGAAGCGGCAGGUUUUCAGCUGUUCGGCUCUGAAUCAACCGACACUGAAAACACGGAACUAGUUGAUGCCGCGGAGGAAGCAGGACCCGUCCAGCUCCAUUAUUUGCGUCGUUUGUUUUCUUUCCUUUGUAAUUUUGAGAAACUGGAACAGCAAAUCAAAACCGGCGUGAAAAUGAUUCACCAAUGAAGAAACAAGAUUCUCCGGACUUCCGGGUAUUUUAGUGGGGUUUUAUUUGGCUCUGACCCACAUUGAUCAUGUUUAUUGAUCAUUCAUUGAUCAUGUCCAUUGAUAACCAAUAUUAUCUGUGAUUUUGUUGCCUUUGCAGACAGAAACACAUUAAAGCUCAUUUUUCCUCCCUGUCUGGAUCUAAAUUAGACUAAACUUCUGUUUUUUGGGUUAAUUUACUUCUGAGUGUCUUCAGAAUCUGAAGUUCACACAGAUCCUCCAGAAUCCCUCUGGUUUCCUUCCUCAGGAACAAAAACAUUUUGUCAACCCAAACCAAGAAUGAUUCAAUCACUAAUAAAGGAGCUAAUAGGUAAAAUACCUUUUGGUGAAAUCUGCCAUAUGUGAUCCUGAAUCCAUUUUAAUGUGAGGCUCAUUACUAGAAAUCCAAUUGAAUCAAAUCAUACAGACAGAUUUUAAGUUAUCCUUGCUGUUAAACGAUGCAUUAAGUUUGUUUAUUAUUCAUUUUGGUUAAAAGUUUUUCUGACUUGCAGCGUUCACUCCAACUGGAAAUGCAUGUAGCGACAGUGGAGAGGAAAACUAACCGGAAGAUUCCUGCAGCAGAGCUGAGCCUGGUUGAUCAGCCGCCAGCCGGGGCUGAAAAAACAGGAGAGACUGAGAACUGGGGCUGUCAGAAUAAUCAAUAUGUUGAUAUAAUUGGUACUGGAACAUUAUUCAGAUUCAGACUGACCUGUUCAUAUCUGCCCAAACUGUCCCUGCAGCUUCGUUCCAGGAAGAGCAAACAGAGAUUUUCUGAGGCGGACGGACAGGAAGUGCUGCAACACUGAUGUUUGGGAAAAACGUAAAAAGGUCUUGAUUCCUGCUGGUCUUGGUUCCUGCUGGUCUUCCACUGCAUCAUGUCUGUUGCUACCUGUCGAGAACUUCCUGAUCGCCUUCUGAUAACUGGAGACAGAAAGUCCAUUCCUGACGACGAGGCGCCAAACCGUUUACAAAUAAAGGAGGAGCAGGAAGAAGCAGAACCACAGCAGGCGAGUGACCCAAACGAGCAACCAGAACCGCAGCCUCAGAAAGAAGAACAUGUUGAAGUCUGGGUCUUUCAGGCACAGCAGGAGACCAGCGUCUCGACGGCGUAUGUGGACCCAGAGCAACACAAUGAACCAGAACAGCUGCAGGGUAUAAAGCAGGAAACCGAAUCGGUGGAGAUUAAAGCAGAACCGGAGGAUUUCUACAAGAGUCAGGAUGAAGGUCUACUUGAGGUGAAGCAGGAGCCUGAAACCUCGACGGUGACUCCAACUCAUCACAACAUCGAUCCAGAACCAGGCACCAACCAGCCGAGCUCCUCUGAAGAACUGAAGCCACAGCAGGGAGGAAGCGACCAGAACACAUAUUCUUGUAACGUGUGUCAAAAAUCUUUCACAGCUCGUAAGAAUUGGAUUUAUCACAUUAAAACCCAUAAAGAGGAGAAGCCUUUCCUAUGUCUGACUUGUGGAAAAGGUUUCAUUUGGAAAUCAGCUUUGAAGCUCCACCUUAGAAUGCACACAAAUGAGAAACCGUAUCCCUGUGAAGUGUGUGACAAAUCUUUCAGUAAAAAGAGUUAUUUGGCUCGUCACAUUAGGGUUCACGGGGAUGAGAGGCCGUUUCCUUGUGACCUCUGUGGGAGAACAUUCAGACACAGCAGUAAUCUGGCCCAUCACCGUAAAACUCAUACAGCUGACAAACCUUAUUCCUGUGACUUGUGUGACAAACAGUUCAGCGAACACAGUGGCUUGGCCAACCACCUUACGACUCACUCAGACGAGAAACCUUACCCUUGUGAACUGUGUCACAAAUCUUUUAAUAAAAGGAGUUAUUUGGCUCGUCACAUUAGGGUUCACGGGGAUGAGAGGCCAUUUCCUUGUGACCUCUGUGGGAGAACAUUCAGACACAGCAGCAAUCUGGCCCAUCACCGGAGAGCUCACACAGGUAAAAAGCUUUAUUUUUGUGACUUGUGUGGCAAACCUUUUAGCAAGCAUAGCAGUUUAGCUGAUCACCUUAAAACUCACACUGAUGAGAAGCUGUAUUCUUGUGAACUGUGUGAUAAAUCUUUCAGUAAAAAGAGAUAUUUGACUCGUCACAGAAGGAUUCAUGGAGAUGAGAGGCCGUUUGCUUGUGACCUCUGUGGGAGAACAUUCAGACACAGCAGUAAUCUGGCUCGUCAUCAUAAAGCUCAUACAGCUGACAGCCAUUAUACUUGUAGUUUGGCUGAUCACCUUGGAACUCACACAGACGAGAAACCAUAUCCCUGUGAACUGUGUGAUAAAUCCUUCAGUAAAAGGAGUUAUUUGGCUCGACACAGAAGGAUUCACAAGGAUCAGAGGCCUUUCUCUUGUGAUCUGUGCAGCAGACACUUCAGACACAGUAGUAAUUUGUCUGAACAUCGUAGAACUCACGCAACUGAAGAGCAUUAUUCUUGUGACAAACAUUUUAUCGACCAGAGUAGUUUGUCAAGUCACCUUAAAACUCACACAGACGAGAAACCGUAUCCCUGUGAACUGUGUGAUAAAUCCUUCAGUAAAAGGAGUUAUUUGGCUCGACACAGAAGGAUUCACUGGGAUGAGAGGCCAUUUAGUUGUGACUUCUGCAGUAAAACCUUUAAACACAGCAGUAAUUUGGCUCGUCACCGCAGAGCUCACACAGCCGAGCCUCUGAGCAACUCCAGCUGUUUGGCUCCUCACAAAGACAACACGCCUCAUUCCUGUCAAAAAAUCUUUUAGAAAAACAUGGACUUGAUUCAUCACCUUCACACUCACACAGGUGAGAAGCCAUGUUGUUUGUAGUCUUUGUAGGAAACGUGUCCAGCCAUUUCCUCGUCAUUUUGUCCACUGCAGUGAUUUAGCUCUUCAUAAAAACACAAAGAGGAAACUUUCCACAAAUUUAAACUAAACUGGUGUCAAUCGUUUGUGCAGCAAUGUAAUCUUUUUGUGCUGCCAUCUUUUUAAAGAUAUGAAUAAACUUUUCCAGAGGUCAUCAAAGGUCAGCCAGCCCUAUGAUGACCUCUGGAAACAUUUAUUCAUAUCUUUAAAAUACAGCAGCACAAACCAAAACACGUAGCUGGAAUUUAUUUAAUUUGAAUAAUGUGAGAAAGACACUUUCCUCAGGUAAAGAACCAAAACAUUAUUAUUUAUGCAAGAAAUCUUUCAAAUGAUUGACUUCAAACCCAAACAUAAACCCUCUGGACCAGGCGGCGGUUCGGCCCGGCAGAAAAGCUCAGGGUUAAGAAGCAUAAAGGUCAUUCAGUUUACUUUAUUAGCAAUUUCCAUCAUGUAGAGCAGAAGCCAGAUAUUCAUAUCCAACAAAUAAAAAGAUGCACAAACAUUUAAUGUUGCUGAAGUUGAAGCAGACCGGGCGUCUCUCGUUUGGGUCCGUUACAAUCGGCUCCGGUUGCUGAAGCGUCCCGUACCGACAUGGGCUGAGCGGCCGCUCGGCGAGGACGAAGCCGUCGCCCCAAAAGAAAACCCAAAUCACAAAGACUGGCCCCGUUCUACUUCUUUGGUUCGACAAGAAAAUGCCUCAUCAAUACCUGAUCAGAGCGUCGGACUGGAGAUGUUAGUCAAACUGUCUCUUCACUGUCUGUUUAAAUUCCCUCCUUUAUUAGCUACCAACACUUUGUUUAAAUGUCCAAAUGUUCUUUGUUUUCAAGCAGCGAAUGCUCACUGUGAACGCACUGAUCAGCUAAACGGUUAAUUAUACAUCUUCCUUGUAAAGUUGUGAUGAAUAACAUCAGCAGGUUUUACCUCUCAGAUCAUCUUCCACAUCCUCCUAACUUUCUGCAGGCAGCGGCGGCUCAAAUGUUUCCUUCUGCCAAACCAGAGCAGGACGUUAAAAACUGGACAAUUAGAAUCAGGUCUGGAUGAAAUCUGUUCCUGAACCAGGCUGUCAGACUCCAGACCUGGAGGUUUUAGAAACAAAACACAGGAAGGAAAGGCUUGGUUUAACCCAGAGUGGCUCGGUUCUCCAGAACCUGGAUGAGCUCAUUGUUUUGUCCACAGGCUGCAGGGCAGCCAGUGACCUCCAGGUCUGGAGUUUGACCCCUGUGGUGUAAAUCAACAAACUGUUUUCUAAUUCUGAUGCUGUAUUUUAGUUUCUUAUGCAAAGUAUUAACAUUUGGCAAAGUUCCUUCUUAAUGAAGCUUUACAUUGUUCACCGGAAACACUAUUUGCUACUAAAUGUGUUUUAUAUGAGUUGGACCUACUAAGAAUUUAAAAUGUAACUUCAUGAAUAAACGCUUUUUCUUUUUGUUGUUAUA